AACGCUUCCAACCCGACCCCGUUCAUCCUCCGUACAUCAUCAACCCCACCUCCAGACAGCCUGUCCAUCACCUCUUACUGUCUGUCAUCAUCAUCUUGACUGACUACUAUAAGGAAGCAUUCAUCCCACUUCCAAUAUGGAUCCGGAAGCCAGCAAUGCCGAACGUAUCGAAGAUGAGUUCGAAAUGAUCUUAUCUAAGGAGUUUGAACCGAACGAAGAGGUCCACAGCAAUGAUGAGACCUCGUCUACUACGACUGAUUCGUUACCUAUUACCGACUAUGGCACGGACCACGAGCAAGAGGGAUCUGUCAGCCUUCAGGACUCUCUUACUGUUGAUCCAGAGGAGGCUGGGUUGGAUGACACUCAGAUUACCCUUAGGUUGCCUCAGAUGUCCCAUGAGGAAAUUACCCAACCCUCCCCCUGCCGUCUCAAGAACGGUGAUACGUGGAAUGUUCCGGUUGAACACAUUCCCGCUCUUGCUGCUAUUACUAAGGAGCUUCCCGCUGGUAACCUUCGUGCUACUGCUAAGCUCGUUUAUGCUGAAACCCUAAGUUCUGCUGAGACUAAGAAGCGCAUGGUUGACAAGACUUUCAAGGUCAUGUAUUUUGGUGAUGAGACCCUUCGUCAGUGGGUCUUGCACAAGAUCGCUAAUGCACUUGCUACAAACUUUGAGGAUAUGGAUGAUUGGUGUGCUGAGGAGCAGAGUGUUGUUCCCAUCGGUUUUGGACAGAGCCAAGACGAGCAAAUCGGCGAACCGGAUGCUGAACUCAUCCGUGACUCCAGGAUCAAGCUCGUUGAACUGAACCCUUGUACCUUCGAGGAUACUCCGGAUAUUGUUGUUGCCUGCGUUUCGGUCAGUGACCACCUCAUGAGGAAGGCGGUGCGUGGCUACGUCGACAAGCGUGGCCGUGGUAUCUGCUGCCUCGAUGUCCUUGCUGGACCUUGGACUUCUAUUAGUAGGUUCUCUGACUCUUCUCCUGCUGGACGGGUGGUUACCUGGAGUAACAAUCCGGUUAAAGUCAAGGUGGACAUUGAGUAUGAUGAGCCUGAGAAGAAUGUCACGAGGUACAGGCCUAUUGAUAUUGAAGAGUUCAUGAUGUUGGACUGUUGGCAAUUCGCAAGCCUUUUGUCAGCUUGCAUGCCGCCUACUGCCAUCCCCGAGGGGAAGGGUGGGAGAGAGAUCUCAAGUGGACAGAAGAAGAACGUAUUCGAGGGAGGAAAUUGUGUUACCUCAACGAUUCAACUUGUUCGUUUGUUCCUCGUUAUUUGGGCCGUUCUCGCAGUGUCCUUCACCGGCGCCCCCUUCUUCUACGCACGCUACUUUGCAACCUCAACAGUCGCUUCGCCGGACACGAGUACGUCGCUCAUCCCACACCCCACCGCUGCAGCGCCGGGUCACCUCGGCGCUCCUCUGGCGGACCGUGGUUCUCCCAUCCAUGAGAGACUCUCCAUGCAUCUUGUGAGUGAUGCUGUCUACAUUCUACGUAUGCCGAACACUCCGGCGUUUGUACAGAACCCGUCUGAGCUCUUCACUCAAAUCAUGCGUAAUGGCAAGAUUGUCAACAGUGCGAAACUCGCGCCCUUGUUUGACGGUGUCUACAGUGUUAGCAUUGAUUGUGAGGAUGCAUUCGGCAAGAUCACUGUUCGUGCUUGGACGAAGGAGAAGCCGUUUGUCAGGGAGGAGUUUGAGGUUGACUACGGAGAGUGCGACGAUGAUUGCCCGUUGAAGGGCAUGCAUCAUCCUGAGCCUCAGCCUACCGGAAAGACGGGUGUUACCGAGGACGACAACUAUGCGACGUAUCUCAAGGUCAUGUUGGCCGACACCGCCGCUCACGUUCGGGAAGAUUUGACUGAUCGUGCUUCUCACUUCAAGGAGUUGCUUGAUGGUACCACUGAACAUCUCAAGAAGGAUCUUGGAAAAAUGGGCUCUCGUGUUCAGAAUGAAAUGUUGAAGUUGCAAGGAAAGGUGGCUGUGGACACUGCAAACAUGCGCCAGUUGAUGAACAAAGCAGGAGUUGAACUUUCAUAUCAGGCUGAUGCUGCUCAGACGAAGUUCGCUCAUCAGUACUUUAAGCCGGCGCAGAAGGCAGCACAGUCGAUCUUCACGAAGGCGAAGACCAACGGCGGGAGGAAGAGAUGA